CUUUCUGCAUAUUUUCCAAGAACUCCCAAAACUCUCGUAUUGAAAAAAGCAAAACAUGUUGAGAAGCGAACAAUACGAACGUGUUCUUCGCUACUUCGACAGAGACGGAGACGGGAAAAUCUCGGCAUCGGAGUUGAGGCACAGAUUGGCCUUAAUGGGCGGAGAACUGAAGGUAUACGAAGCCGAAGCCACGAUCGAAUCGUUGGACUCGAACGGCGACGGAUUACUGGACUUGGAGGAUUUCAUAGGGUUGAUGGAAGAAGGAGGAGAAGAAGAGAAGAUGAAGGAUUUGAAGGAAGCUUUCGAGAUGUACGAUGCCGAUGGGAACGGGUUCAUUACGCCGAUGGGACUGAAGAAAAUGUUGAGCAAACUCGGUGAGUUCAAGUCCAUUGAAGAAUGCAAGGCCAUGAUCAAGCAGUUCGAUCUUAAUGGCGAUGGUGUUAUUAACUUCGAGGAAUUCAAGCUCAUGAUGCAAUGA